GGCGGCUGUCGGUUGCUUUAUAUGAGAGUAAAGUUUGGAGAAUUAGUGAAGAAAUAGCAUACCCUUCAAGUAAUGAACUUCCUCAGAACUCCAGAUGACAGCACUGCUGUUGUGAAAAUCAUGGGUGAAUUCGAUCAGUUUCUGACGAGUGACCCGAGGGGCCGGUUGACUUUUGAAGAACCAUCGGAUGAUGGACAUGGAAAAAGUCAGAGGCCGUCUUCCACAAGCUUCGCGAAGAAUUUGAAUAAAUCGUGGAGCCAGGGAAGCCUACUGUCUAAAGAGCGUGUCAAAGAUGUGGAGCUCAUCAAAAGCCGAAGCAAAAUUGCGCAUCUAGAAAGUCAAAUGAAUGUCCUGGAAUCGGAAAGAAAACGUGCUAGAAUCGAGUUUGAAAGGGAGAAUGGAAAUGACAAGCUCGAACGGUGAAGACUGGAAGAGAAAUACGAAGACCUACAACAAAACAUUCAGUAUAUCGCAGAGCAAGAAAAAAACGCUAAAGAUCAAUUGAAAGAUCUGAAAAAAGAAUACGAGACUUACCGGAACAAAUCGGAGCAAACGAUUCAAAACUUGCAGAGGGAAAAACUGAAACUGUCUGCAGAAAAAGACGAGUUGCGAGAGGAUUCAAGUAAAAAAGAAAUGGAGUUGAAGAAUUCCCUUUUCAGACAGGGAACUGAGCUGGCUGUAAUGCAAAAUAAACUGGGGGAUACAGAGGGUCAGCUUGAAAAUGUUAAAAGAAGACUUAGUGUGGUGAUGACUCAACUGCCAGAGCUGGAACAGCUCAGAGAAAGUUCAAGAACAGCUGAGCAUAGGGUCAAGGAAUUGGAGCAGAAGUUGUCGCGGCAGGAUGAAGCUACAGGACUUGCAAUGGCAAUGCAGACGCAACUUACAAAGUACAGAGAACUGGAAAAAGAAAAUGCUAAGUUAAAAGAUGAAAAUCAUUAUUACAGGAGCUUAAAAAGAAAAUUCAGAAGUGGGAGACAGAAGAUUUGUCUGGGACAAAAAGGCUAAGAUCUCCAGCCCAACUUGCACAAGAUGUUGCAAAUCUUCAAAAGGGCCAAGUGGUGUUAUUAGAAACACAAAGUGAGCUGAAAUCUAGUGCACAGAUUCAUGAGACAGCUUAUCACAGAGCAGUACAGGAGUUAGCAGCUGUUAAAAAGGAGUCAGCUGAAUUUAAGGAGAAUGGUGACAGACAAAAAGAAGUGAAUCAAAGGCUCCAAAGACGCUUGUUUCUUGUGACAGCUGAGCGUGAUGGCUGCCGCAGAAUUCUUGACACUUAUGACAGUAGCUACUCAUCAAACUAUGAUCCUCACAUACACUCCAGAUUACAAGAGGCGGAGGCUCGUCUCAAGACGUGCCACGAGCACAUCGAAACAUUGGAGCUUGAGGUGAACCAGAAAGCCGACGAAACAAGCAAGGAAAGACUCAGGGCGAAUCAACUUGAGGUUGAAAUUUGCGAACUGCGGGACAACGUUGCCAAACAAACGCCAACUAAACCUGCAGACAGUGCAUUAAGGACAGAGUUAGAAAAACUGCAGGCAGAGAAUGCCAAGCUACAAGAACAGCUGGAAAUUUACGAAAUCAACAAAGACCAAAUGCACAUGCGGGGUUAUUACGAUCCAACCAAAACCAAGAUUGUCCACCUAUCGAUGAAUCCAUCCAGCGUCGCUAGGCAGCAGCGUGGGGAAGAGCUGGAGAAACUGAAGAAGGAAAACGAAUGUCUGAGGAGGAAACUGAAGCUCUUGGAGGAGGGAGGAAGUAGCUCUAAUGACACCAGCCUCCUCAGCAAGCUGAGUCCUGAGACUGCACCUAGUGUGGUCAGAGAAGUGGAAGAUUUCAAAGCACAGUUGUCUUCGGCAGAGAUGAAAAAUCAACGACUAAAAGAGGUUUUCAAGAAGAAGAUUCAAGAAUUUCGAGAAGCUUGCUAUGCCCUGACAGGCUACAAGAUUGAUGUCAUUCGAGACAAUCAGUAUCGGCUUCAGUCCAUGUAUGCUGAGAGAUCUUCGGACGAUCUGUUGUUUGAAAGCAAUGUUAAAGGGGAAAUGAUGUUGCUAGCCACAGAUUUUUCUUCUCAGUUAACGGAUCAGAUAUCGACGUAUUUGAGCAGAUUUAACUCCAUCCCAGCCUUCUUGAGUAACAUCACACUGGAACUGUUCAACAGACAAACUCAAACUAUAGUUAUUAACUGAUAUUUCGUGCCGUCGUGCAGAGUUUGAUGUGCGUCACUCGCGUUAAGCAACGGAUUGCGAAUCUUGAAAACUUUUGUUUGGUUCGCCUUGCAGAAUCCCAUGUCAAUCUUGUCCAUCUGCCUAAGUAUGAUAUUUGUUCUUUCUGGAGUUUUCUGUUUCCUCCCUCCAAGUGUCUGGAUAAAAUACGUCAAUUAACCUGAACAAAAAACAGGGAGCCAAUUAAGAAAUCGUAGCGAAAAAUUAAUAUUCCCAACUUCCCCUUCCCCCUUUGAACGACUACCUCUGUAUAACUCCUGUCCCUCGAAUGUGAAAUUCAGUCGCGAUGAGAUCCUCAGGACGAGAGCUACUCAUAUUGGAGUAGUUUUCAGUUAAUAUGUUAACUCUCUGUUAACUGAAUCCAACUAAAUCACAGCCAGAAUAAACUAAUGCAGUGAGCCAAUCAGAUGUCGAGGUAAAAGCGUGCACUGGUACCAAGAGCGGGAAAGUGUACAUCAACGCUUCGUAUUGGCUAAAAUUUAAUUUUCUCCCACUGGUUAGGUUUGAGCUCCUGGAAAUGCAAUUCUAAAACAACGCAAUCUCCUGAGUAAUCUUGUUAUAUUAGCGUAUAAAGCAAAUGCUGCAUCCUCAAAUCAUUCCUUUUUGUUAUGGUUUCUUAUUUUUAUUUGUAAAUAUUGUGUAUGACAUGUAAAUAAAAGUUAACUGUCAAUCUCA